UCCAUAGCAAUCGGUUCGCGUUCCGAUUCCUACAUCCGCUCGGCCUCACAUCAUCGGACGCCAGGGUGCCGUUGUUCAAGACAUCCAGCAGCGGACAGGCGCUCGUGUGCAAGUACCUCGCGCCGAUGAAUCUGCUCCUGGAGCGGACGAUGACGACAGUGACACUAUCGAUGUUCUGAUUGAGGGUGAUGCUGUUGCGGCCGAGAUGGCUCGUCGGGAGAUUGAAGCGAUCGUCAAGGAGCGCGCCUCCAACAUGAGCCUGCGCCUCAAAUCCGUCCCACCGGAGUUCUUCCCCUUCAUCGCCGGUGCUCACAAUGCCAACCUCAAGGAAAUCGAGGAGCGUACCAGGGCGCAAGUGCAUAUCCCCCGAUACGACACCUGGCAGAGUCAGCCUCCGCCUCAGGAGGCUGAUCCGGGUCACGUCCAGUUCGUGCCGGUUCCCGAGAAGCACAUCCACAUCUCUGGUGAGCGUGCGGCCGCUCAAGAAGCUCGCGCAGAAAUUGAGAGACUUGCCGCCGACCUGCAACGCCAGCUCACGCUUCGCCAGCUCGCCAUCAACCGUGGCCAGCAUCAGUUCAUCCUUGGCGACAAUGCCGAUGCUCUGCACGAAUUCCUUGCUGACACUGGCUGUGCCAUUGUCCUGCCUCCUGCAUCCGACGAGAGCGAAUUCCUCACUAUCACUGGUCCGCUUGACUGCAUCGAGAAUGGUAUCAACCGGGCCAUGGAUCUUGCCACCAGCAUGCAGAUGGCAAGCAUUGACCUCUCUCGUCAGCACCCCGGUGCUCCCAUGGGUCCCCACGCCCAUGCUCGUGCCCUGACCCAGUACCUUAGACAGCGUCAAAUCAUCAAGGAGCUGGAGAGAAUGUAUGACGCACGGAUCGCCCUGCCGCCCAGCUCGGACGGCCCUGUGACCUGGGAGGUCUACUCGAGAGAUGGCAAGAACACUAUUCGCGCAAGAUCCGAUAUCAUGAACUUGGUCCAGGCUCACCCUCCUACGAGACUGCGUAGCCUCGCGGUCGACCCCUACUUCCACCCUUACCUGCGCUCUCGGAGCAUUCCCAAGUUGCGAAGUGACUAUGGCGUUCACCUUCUUGUGCCUGAUGAGCUUGAUAGCUCCGACGUCGUCUUGGUGUAUGAAGGUCCUUCCGCUUCUGCUGCUCAGGUCGAGAUUCCUCGUCAGAGACCUUCUGCCGCUGAACUUGCUACCUUCGAAAAGACCCUCCAGGAAGCUCAGGAGUACCUUCUGAGCACUCUCGGUGACCAGAACGAUGUCGUGGCGACGUCUGUGAGCGUCCCCGGCAAGUACCAGGACAAGGUUCGCAAGUUCAUCUCCCGUCAACAGGAAGCGAAGAGUGAGGACGAGAUCCCUGUUCGCGCCAUUGUCGGAGAUGGACGUAACCGAAACGAGUCCGAGGUUGCACUUCGUGGACCCUCCCGUCUGGUGGAGGAUCUUGCUUCGAAGAUCCAGGCGUUUGUUGUGGAGCAGGAGAAGGAUGACCUCGAAAGAGGAUACACCACAUCUUUCGACUUCCCCCAGAAGUAUGCCAACUUCCUGAUUGGCAAGCGCGGUGAGAACAUCAACAAGCUCCGUGACGAGUUUGAUGUCGACAUUAAGGUCGAGGGGGGUAAGGUUGAGGUCAAAGGACCCAAGGCCAAGGCCGAUGCCGCCAAGGCUAGAAUCAUCAACAUGGGCAAGAGAUGGGAGGAUGAGACCACUCAUGUUCUGAAGGUUCCUGCCCAGUAUCAUCGGGAACUGAUUGGCCAGAAGGGAAAUCAGGUCAACAAACUGCAGGAGCGCUACUCUGUCCGCGUGCAGUUCCCACGUGCUGCCGUGGCUGCUACUACCAGCGAUGACCAGUCCGUCGCCGAGACUUCUAGCGACGCAGGUGGCUCUCGCCCCAACCGCCCUCAGCAGGCGCUGGAUGAGGUUAUCGUCAAGGGUCCCAGCAAGGGGGCUGAUGCUGCACGCGAUGAAAUCCUUAGCUUGCUUCAGUGGGUGAUUGACCACUCCUACACGGCCACAGUGUCUGUCGCUCAAGCGCAAAUUCCCUCCUUGAUUGGCCAGCGUGGUCGUGAGAUGGACAAGCUCCGCGCGGACACCGAGGCCCAGAUUGAUGUUCCGGGAGUCAACGAUGCUCCGGAUGAGUCGGGCCGUGUGCAGAUCAAGAUCAGAGGCACCAAGAAGCAGGUUGAGGAGGCAAAGAAGAUCCUGGAGCAGCGGUCGCAGGAAUUCGACUCCAUCAUUACGAAGACGAUUGACGUGGACAAGAAGUACCACAAGUCGCUCAUUGGUGGUGGUGGUGCCAACAUCCGCAAGAUCGUCGCCGAGGCUGGUGGCCCUACCGAUGGCAGUGCUUCCCGCAUGGUCAAGUUCCCUCGUCCAGAGAGCAGUGACUCGGCCAUCAAACUUGAAGGAAAUGGUCAGGUGGUUGACAAGAUCAUUGCUGCGAUCCAGGACUUUGUCAAGGAGCGUGAGGAUCAGGUGACCACGACUGUUGAGGUUCCCCCGUCUCAGCAUCGUCUGCUCAUUGGCCGUGGAGGUGAGACCCGGCGCGGCAUUGAGUCCAAGUUCAACAUCACGCUCGACAUUCCUAAGCAGGGAUCCGGACGCUCGGACAUCAAGCUGAAGGGCCCCAGCAACGCAGUCGCGGAGGCGAAGGAGCACAUUGAGUCCAUGCUCAAGGAUCAGCAGGGCGAGACGGUGGAAGUUCCCCGGAACCUGCACCAUGCUAUUUCUGAGAAUGGCUCUUUCUUCCGUCGCCUGCGCAACGACUACCGCGUUACCGUGGACCAUGCUGGGCAGCAGGUGCCUCCCAAGCCUGCCUCCGAGGACUCCCGCGGUGCAGUCAACGGUUCCUCUUCUCUUCCCUUGAUCACAGAUGAGCCUAGCGAAGCCGUGGAGGCUCAUUCAUGGAAGAUCGUGGACAACAGCCCGGCCGCUGUCGAUCCCUCCGAACCGGCGACCAUCCCGUGGGUGCUGUCGGGAACCAGCGACAAUGUUGCCAAGGCCAAGUCGGCCCUGGAGAAGGCUAUCGCCAAUGCUUCCCAGCAGUCCGCUACUGGCUACCUCAUCCUGCCUGACCCGAAGACCUACCGCUUCGUCGUCGGUCAGGGUGGUAGCCAGAUCAACGCGAUCCGCAAGCAGACUGGCUGCCGGAUCAAUGUGCCCAAGGACCAAGCCAAGGGUGAAGCGAUCGAGAUCAAGGGAAGCAAGGAGGGCCUGGAAGAGGCCAAGGAUAUGAUUCUGGAGGCUGUCCGCGCUGGUUUGAGCGGCAACUCUCGGUCAUGAAGGGGGGGAAGGCCGUUAGGGGAUUCCACAUAUAUCCAGAGUGACAUAUGAGAAUCGUCGAGCGACCACGAUAUCUUUUCUUUUCUUAUAAUCUCCUUUCCUUCUAUCUUUGUCUUAUGUGCUCUCUCUCACACCAAAAGAAGACUGUGUUAUACAUCUACUACAUGCAUUUGCUGGGCGGUUGACGGAUUGCAUAAUCCGCCUUGAAUAUCCUGUGAUUAGGCCUCACUCCUCUUAUAAAUAUUAUUAUAUGCAUUACAUAAUUGUCCGA